AUGUACCACAACGGCUAUCUGCACGGCGGGGUCCCUGCCAACAAUGGGCGCUUUGGCACCGAAAAUGGAAACCGCAGACACACGAGUUAUGACAACUCCUACUUCACGAAUGGCGGCAUCCAUGCCCGGAACGGCAGCUGCAACCGUAUUCACCCUACUUUUGGAAGGAAUCCCCAAAACAACGGCAACGACUACAACAAUGGCAGCAAUUCUAACCUCAACAACGGUUUCAAUUGUUUCAGUUGUUUCAAUUGUCAAAAUAGCCAAAAUAGCCAAAAUGGUCAAAAUGGCCACAAUGGUCACAAUAGCUACAGUGGCUUCAAUGGCAGCAAUAGUUAUAAUCGUCAUUCUCACAAUCGUCACAAUGGUCAAAAUGGCCACAAUAGCCACAACGGCAACAACUACAGCAAUGGCAACAACGACCGGCACAACUUCCAAAUCCAGCCAUAUGGAGUUGCCCCGCCCAUGGACCGCCACAACGGAAAUUCCUCCAUGAGCAGUAUGAUCUUGUCAGGUGGUUGCAUCUACAACCAACAGAUGCCCCUAAUAUACCAUAUAUCCCGGCAAUCCAUGCCAACGCAGCCCCAAGCUUGGGUUCUUCCAGACAUACCAUUUAGACGGCCUCCACCCCCGCAUCAAGGUCCGGCACUGGGUCCGUCGAUGGGCCCCUACUUUCAUAGUGCGCACCAGGCAGCGCCGUUCACUGUGUACAGCGGCGGCGCAUAUGUGGCAAUGCUUCCGGGUCCCUUGCCACGACAGCGAACGGAGCACCAGUUCGAUCUGGCCCGGUAUCAAUGCCAACGGCAAGGCCAUCCACCGAACGAGGGCGGCCCCAGCCGCCGCAGCAAUGGCAAGGAAAGUUGCCAUGGCGAGAAAAAGCCUGUCUACAGGAACAAGUCAAAGGACAACGAAAGGCUGCCAGAAAACAGGAGGCUGCAGUAUGCCGUCAAGGCCGCCGCCGAGGACGACGGGGUCCCCAUUGACAGCAACGCAGUCAUUGACACCGAGGACGCUCUCAAGACGUACCUCGCGGAUCUCCUGCACUGUCAGCCCGAGCUCGGUUACGUCUACUCGCUCGGCUUCCAGGGUGUCAUGGUCGGCAGCACCCACGACAACAUCUGCGCCAUGACCGUCAAGGCUGAUGUCAAGAUGCAGCUGCAUCUGAACGGGCCUGGCUACGACCCGAUCCUGAUCGCAAACAACCGGACCAAGCUGGGCAACACCAACCGGACCCGGGGGACUGUCUUGCGGCCCUACCUCACACCCAAGCUCUUCGCCGCCUGUCAGCCGCGCGUCAUUGACGUGAAGACGCUGGGUGCCGCUGCGUUUGAAACGCAUCCCGAGAGUCACAGCGACAUGUCCCUGCGCCACAUUAUGGAGGACGGCCGUCAGGCCAAGCUGAUGUUUGCGCCGCACAUGCCGGCCGUCAGCCUCGAUGCGGUGUACGGCAUCCGCUUCGAUCGCUAUGACCAUGCGGAUGACGAGUGCGACGGCACAGGCUCGCCACGUGCCUGCAGGGAAGAGGAGGUAAAGGGAACAGAGGCAGCGGAAAUGGCGGACGAGGAAAGGGAGAGGACAAUGACCAAAGCGGAAGGCAAGAAGCCGAUGGCGGUGGGAACGUCGAGCACGCCGAACGCAGUGCCCGAGGCAGAUGGUUCGCAGCCACCGCUUGGUGAAUGCGGGACUCUGAAAGCUCCCAGCAACGUUGAGUUCCGCGGCCUCUUUGACAUUCAGUUGUGCGAGGCCGUCCUGGCGCCCAGCCGAGAAAUUGGAAAGACCGAGCGAGGGAGGACGGAUCCAGAUGCAGUGGCCGUCAAAAGCCGUCAUCAGUUUCACGACCACUACAGGCUCAUGAGCCUAGUCAACAUUCUCAAAGCGAAUCUGCGAGGCAAGUACCGCCAGACUGAGCCGCCUGCACAGCCUGAACCGUCUGACCCGUCCGACCAGGCCGGACAGGCCGGCCCAAGCGGGCCAGCUGAGCAGGUGCAACUCGGCAAGGCACGUGAUAGGAUUACCCAUCGCCUGCGCAAGUUCCAAAUCAGCUCGGCCGCAUAUGGACGCUUUUCCGAUCAGAAGCAACGUAUGCGGUGCCAUUUCCGCAACGCCGCCCGGUCAAAUCCAAAGGCCAACGAAUUUUCCGAGGGCCCACUCGAUCCCAACGACGACACCCGCGGCCUCGUUCGUUACUGCAUCUACGACGUUCUGUACCUGCCCCAUCUGUUUUGCAGCUACUACAACGAGAUCCUGGACCUGAACCCUCGCUUACCGUUCGUGGACCAAGUCCUGCUCCAGGAGGUGCGCCGGUUCACACACCAACGAGUGCAAAAGGCGGCGAUGGACAAUGGCCUCGGCAGCAACAAUGCCGUGUUCUCUCCGUUUGGUUGGGUCUGGGAGUCUUGGCUGGUGAGAAUGCGCAAAUUGUGGGAGCGAAACUACAUGGGAAGCCUCUGUUUGGAAGACAGGUUCGCGUCUCUCGACACCGACAUUGGUGGACUACGGGGCGGAGAGGCUCCUGAGACUCCACGAGACAAUAAUUUGUCGGGUUCUCGGGCACAUCAAAUGACGCAAAUGUUAUGCAUAGAGAGUGACUUGCCAGGGAUUGCCAUCUCACACGUAGAGCCAACCACGCCACCCACACAACCUCUCGUGGCAGAGAAUGUCUCUCACGAACGCUCGCGGUAUGAAUCCGAGGAGGAGUGA